AUGGUACGGUCAUCGAUGCCUGCCUGCCUUCCUUCGGACCUACCUCUUUUAAAAGCCCGCGCAUUACCGCACAAAGGUCCAAGGUCCGGACUCCGGAGAAAAUUGACAGCAGAGUCAAGAGUCAGAGUGGAGGUGAAGGAACGGAAAAUGUCCAACGGUCGGAAGAAUCUGUCGGAGGUAGGGAUUCAAAUGCCGGAAUCCAAGGUUGCGGCUGAUAGCUUCACCAUGAGCGGGCCACUCGUGACGGACAGACCAAACCAGAAUGCUCGCCCUAAAACGGACCCGGCACACGCCAGUCUCCGCCUAGCCUGCCUAAUAACGUCUAUAUUCUCCUUGUCUUUCAUGGCCUCCGCCCAGCAGUCAUCCACCAUCUCCAUCUACGGCUUCAGCUUCCCCGUCUACUCCAAGUGGUCCUUCUCCGAUUCCUUCGAGUACCUGGUUGGAAUAUCUGCAGCUGUGGCUGCCCAUUCCCUGCUCCAACUGAUUAUCAAUGUGAUGAAAUUGCUGAAGAAAUCGCCAGUAAUUCCUUCUCGGAGCCACGCCUGGCUUAUUUUUGCCGGCGACCAGGUAUUUGCAUAUGCAAUGUUGAGUGCAGGAUCAGCUGCAUCUGGGGUGACCAACCUGAACCGUACUGGAAUCCGGCAUGCACCUCUGCCGGGAAUCUGUAAGCCCCUGCAUAUAUUUUGCAACCACAUAGCUGUCUCAAUUGCCUUCGCUUUUCUUAGCUCCUUCUUGCUCGCAAUCUCUGUUGUUCUUGAUGUUAUUUGGCUGUCAAAGUACUAGGCCCUGCCUAGUCAAGUUUACACUCAUAUACGUAUCUUAUACAAAACAUGUCUUUAGGGAAAUGUGCUUUCCCCUUUUUUCACUUUUUCAUCUUUGGAAAAGGAUUAGAAUGUAGCAGGAUGAGUUGUUGCAUAGACAGUAAAUAUUCAAGCAAUGCAUUUGCUUUCUCAAGAUACAAACGGUGUUUAAUUCAAAGUGAGCUGCUGUCAGAUUUGAAUUAUGAAAACUUACUUCAAUGGCUGAAGGAAUUUUGAUUGAACCGCUCAAAUUUAUAGUGGACUACUACUAAGCAGUAGCUGUGCAUAUUGCCAUUUUGUACGGACUGAAUUUAGAUCCAUCUCCCCUGACCCCGGGUUUAUGCACCAACUGGGUUUACAACAAUCAAUCGUAGGUGACUGGUUCAGUGGCUUAUGGCCAAACCUUCGUUGAUUCUCAUAAAAGUAGUGAGUUGAGAUGAUGUAGUUUUGUACUCGUUUUCAAUAGCAUUUGAGGCCACAAUGAUCCUAAUAGGAAUGUGAUCAUAUCUGAUUGAGAAAACUGAAAAUCAGGUUAUUUCUGGAA